AUCUCCUUUGGCAUUAGGAACUUCUUCCUGUUAUCCCAUUAAGGAAAAUUUUUGGUGUUUCGAACGUCAUCUCUGCCUUUAAAGGUUAGGAUAUCUUGUUGGGAUAUCUAUAUUGAUCCUCAGCAUUGAUUGAGAAAAUACAUAACUGUUCAACCCAUUCCACAUUAUUUCCACCUGUAGUUUGAUCCUCUGGCACACAACCAUUUGGUUAUCCACUGCCAGUGUGUUUAUCGUAGCAUUACAGGCGCUGCUCUUGGACAGUUGCUUGAAAAAAGUGUUAAUUGAACGAGCUGAAGUUUAUUUAUAUCGGUGUACGCGAUGGAUAUGCUUCCUAAUGACUCUGAUUGGGAAAGUUUCAGUGGAAAUUACAGUAGCAGUGAGGACAUAGAAGAACUUGAUUUUCUGUAUUGCGGGAGGGCAAGCAGCAUUCUCUCUAGUCUGGAGGAAAGCAUAGGGAAGAUUGAUGAUUUCCUCUCAUUUGAGAGGGGCUUCAUACAUGGAGACGUUGUUUGUUCUGCGACCGAUCCAUCUGGACAGAUGGGCAGAGUUGUAAAUGUCAAUAUGCUCGUCAACUUGGAAAGUAGUCAUGGAAGAAUCAUAAAAGAUGUUGAUUCAAAGAAGCUUUUGAAGAUUCGUUCCAUUUCAGUGGGGGAUUAUGUGGUUCACGGACCCUGGAUAGGAAGGGUUGAUGAAGUUAUUGAAUCUGUCAGUGUCAUUUUUGAUGAUGGGACAUCUUGUGAGGUCACUGCAGUGGAUCAAGAAAAGCUCUCCCCAAUUUCCCCCAACAUACUUGAAGAUUCGAUGCAUCCUUAUUAUCCAGGACAGAGAGUGCAGAUCAGGCUCCCAGCGCUGUCUAAAUCAGCUACAUGGUUAUGUGGAGCUUGGAAUGAAAAUCAGGAUGUAGGGACUGUUUCUGCUGUAAAAGCAGGUUUGGUGUAUGUAGAUUGGCUUGCCUGUGCUCUUGUUGAUAGUGAUUUGAGUUUGCCUGCUCCUCAGCGUUUGCAGGAUGCAAAAAAACUCAAUUUGUUGACAUGCUUUUUGCAUGAAAAUUGGCAACUUGGUGACUGGUGUUUGCUUCCUUUGGCUGAUUGUACGGGUGGGAAGGAGCGGACACUUUUUGAUGCAUCUAUCAUUGAGAUCAUCGAAAAGGACAGGACGAGGGGCCAGGGGUUUACGGGAUUGGACCCCUCUCCAGUUUUUCAGGAUAUUUUUGUUAUUGUGAAGACAAAAACCAUUGUUAAUGUUGUGUGGCAGGACGGUAGUUGCUCGCAGGGAUUGGAUUCAAAGUCUCUGCUCCCCGUAAACAUUGUCAACGCUCAUGAUUUCUGGCCUGGGCAAUUCGUACUAGACAAGGGUGCUUGUGAUGAUCCAUAUGUUUCAGGCAACCAAAAAUGGGGUUUUGUGAAUUGCGUGGAUGCAAAGGAACAGGUUGUUAAGGUGAAAUGGAAAUCCUUUGGAGGGAACCAGGCCGACAUUGUAGGAAGUGACCAGAUUGAGGAAACUGUUAGUGCUUAUGAACUGGUUGAACACCCUGAAUACUCCUUCUCUUAUGGGGAUAUUGUAUUUAAAAAUUUGGAUCAAGCUAAUAAAGAUCACUUGAACAGAGACUCUGGAAUGGGUGCGGAUGCUGCUCUUGAAGGCAGUGACCAUGGUAAAGAUCAGGUUGAUUACUUGUCCAGUAUCGGAUGUGUGACAGGUUUUGAAGAUGGUGAUGUUGAGGUGACAUGGGCUUCUAGUCUCAAAACCAAGGUUUCACCUAAUCACAUUUUUCGAAUUGAUAGAUGUGAAGUUUCUGCCGAAACAAUCAUGCAACAUGAACAACGUGAAGAGGAAGUGAUUAAAGAGACGGUUGAUCAUGAAGAACAAUUUUCGAUCCUGAAAGGAAAGGACUCGCUAAAUUCCAUUAGCUCUGGCAAUGAGAAUGCUAAGUGCCCACGGGAGUCUAGUUCCUUUUCCCGUCCUGAAUUCACUCUGGGAUUUUUCUCAAGGAUUACAGAAGGUAUAUUUGGAUCCUUUGGUUCCACAUCAGUGUCUGGCCCAAUAGCAUCUGAUUCUAUUUCUGAAGAUGGAAAUCGAUCCAAGACACCUGAGGAGAAAGAAAAGCUGGAAACUUGUGAUCUGUUUAUGGAGUUUCAACCUUCAGUAGCAGGUGACAUCCUGAGAUUUGAAGGGACAAGUUUAAAGCCAGAAGCCAAUGAUGAUCAGGAAGGAAAAGAACAUCAAUCUUCAUCUGCCAGCAAUAGUUCAGAACAGUUCAAACGAUUUGAUAUGGUUGUUGAUUGCUCUGACCACCGCUUUCUUGAUGGUGAAGGCAAUGCACUGGCAUUGUCUCAGGUGAAAAGAGGUUGGUUGAAGAAAGUUCAACAGGAAUGGAGUAUUCUAGAAAGCAAUCUUCCUGAGUCAAUCUAUGUCCGCGUCUAUGAGGAUAGAAUGGAUCUCCUUCGGGCAGCCAUUGUUGGUUCAAAUGGAACUCCAUAUCAUGAUGGGCUGUUCUUUUUCGAUAUAUUUCUUCCACCGGACUAUCCUCGGGAACCACCUUCGGUGCAUUAUCGCUCUGGUGGACUUCGAGUCAAUCCGAAUUUGUAUGAGUCUGGAAAAAUCUGUCUCAGUCUCCUCAACACAUGGACAGGCUCAGGCUCUGAAGUAUGGAAUCCAGAAAGCUCCAGUAUUCUCCAAGUUCUUCUCUCCCUCCAGGCCCUUGUGCUUAAUGAAAAACCAUACUUCAACGAAGCUGGGUAUGAUAAGCAGAUAGGAAGAGCAGAGGGAGAGAAAAACUCUAUAAGCUAUAAUGAAAAGGCAUUCCUUAUGACAUGGAAGUCCAUGCUUUACCUUAUUCGCCAACCACCAAAGCAUUUCGAGGCCCUCGUGGAGGAGCACUUACGUGAACGUUCCCAGAAUAUUCUAUCGUCUUGUAAAUCAUAUCUGGAAGGAGCUCCGGUGGCGUAUGCACCUGACAGUGGAAAGACUCGGCAUGAAAGUCAAAACGGUGCUUCUACAGGGUUCAAAAUCAUGCUAGGAAAGCUCUUCUCAAAGCUUGUGGAGGCAUUUUCUGGUAAAGGAAUUGAUUGCAGCCAAUUCAUUGAGCAAGAGAAAUGAAUAGGCAUAGCAAGGCAUUCCUCCUAUUUUUGUAAUUUUGUAUGAUAUCAACGUGUUCUUGGUGAUUUUCAGUCAAAUACAUAAUCUCAAAAAACAAUAAUGUAUUGUGGGUUGCGAAGACGGCAAAACUUUAAAUAAUAAAAUAAAAUUUGGAUUGGUGUGUAAAUGAUUUUA